CAAUAAAAUAUAGCGUUGAGUGCUUUAGACCAGUCAACAAGAAGACCGGUGAUCUUGUUGCGGAGCAAAGGAAAUCGGAGCAAAUAAUUAUAUAUUCAAAGUAAUUCAAGAAGAGUUUAUACAUUAAAAUUAUCAAAGUUCUUUGAUCAUCUUCUUAUUUUUGGGAGAAAAGCAUAUUCGGUGAAUUGGAGCAUCUUGAAAAUUGUCGUGUUUCUUUAUUGACAUUAUGGCAUUUUUAAGAACAGUAUCGAAACGAUGUACCGGUAAAAAGUUGAAUAAAUAUCUUAUGAUGGCAUUGCCUCCCGGUUUCCUUGAGAGCGUGGCAAGGCCGUCGGUGAAUAUAAUGCAGUUAUGCGUUAAAGGAUGUGCCACAAGUUCAUCUACAUCUGGGACUGAGGCAAAACCUGUUCCACGACAAAUCGACCCCUUGGAUCUUAGGUUUAAUGAUCCCGUAGCAGCAUUCAAGAGUAAAACAACUACUGAAUUAAUACGAGCAUACGUAGUUUAUCAAAUAUGUUCUAUCGAGUACAUGGUCGAGAACAAUUCCAAGAUUAUGAAAAUAGUGAAUAAAGCAUUAGGUGACAAACUCUUCUCUCUGCUGAUGAAAUCCACUUUUUAUGGACAUUUUGUCGCAGGAGAGGACGAAGUAAAAAUCAGACCUGUUAUUCAUAGACUACGACAAUUUGGCGUGAAACCUAUCUUGGAUUAUUCCGUUGAAGAAGAUAUUUCGCAAGAGGAAGCCGAGAGAAGGGAAUUACAAGCCUCAGUCUCAGAAGCCGGAGAUGAACAACAGGAGGGUGCAUUGAAAAAGUAUCAUGUUGAGAAAUCAUUCGCCGAUCGUCGAUACAAAGUUUCAUCCGCGAGGACCUAUUUCUAUUUGAACGAAGCCUCUUGUGAACGAAACAUGGACGUCUUCAUUAAUAGUUUAGAAGCCAUUGCAAAUGCCUCCAUGGGUACAGGUAUCACUGCUGUUAAAUUAACUGCUCUAGGUCGACCUCAACUCUUGCUUCAAUUGUCUGAAGUAAUUAUGCGAGCACGGCAGUAUAUGAAUGAUGUUGUUGGUGGUGAAGGUGCAGUUUUGGAUCAUCAUGCGAAACCUGAUGAUUUUAAAAAGAAAUUCGAAGACGCACAUAUUCAGGAUGCUGUGCCAGUGAAAAAAUUCCUCGAUAAAAUUCAAUCGGAUAAAGAAGGUGUCAUUCACUUGUUCCCUUGGAGUGGAAUCCUCGAUGAGAAUUACGAGCUGAGUGAAACUUUCCAAGUUCCGGACAUUAAAACUGGAAAAAUGGUGAAACUUAUGUCCCAGCUGACAUCCAAAGAAGAAGAGAUGUUUAGAAAUAUGAUUAGAAGAUUUAAUAAUCUUGUCUCGAUAGCUGACAAGUUAAACGUUAGAAUAAUGAUUGACGCAGAGCAGACAUACUUUCAACCGGCAAUAUCACGGUUAACAUUGGAGAUGAUGCGCAAGUACAAUACAAAGAAGGCUGUGGUGUUCAACACAUAUCAAACAUAUCUUAAGGAUGCGUACAAUGAAGUGAAAACCGAUCUUGAACAGGCGGAACGUCAAAAUUUCUACUUUGGUGCGAAAAUAGUGCGCGGUGCUUAUAUCGAACAGGAAAGAGCACGCGCUGCAGCAAUGGGUUAUUCUGACCCAACGAAUCCAACUUUCGAAGCCACUACGGAAUGUUAUCAUAAAACUUUGAUGGAGUGCUUACGAAGAAUGAAACAGUACAAAGAUAAGGGAGAGGAUCCAAAAAAAAUCGGAAUCAUGGUUGCAUCGCACAAUGAGAAUACUGUGCGUUUUGCAAUUGAAAAAAUGAAAGAAAUUGGAAUUUCACCCGAAGACAAAGUAAUUUGUUUCGGUCAAUUAUUAGGCAUGUGUGAUUACAUUACAUUCCCUCUGGGUCAAUCGGGAUACUCGGCUUACAAAUACAUCCCCUAUGGUCCAGUGAAAGAAGUAUUACCAUAUUUAUCACGUAGGGCUCAGGAAAAUCGAGGAGUUCUUAAGAAGAUUAAAAAAGAAAAGUCACUUUUAUUGAGUGAAAUAUUUAGGCGCAUUGUCCGUGGACAAAUAUUUUACAAACCUAAAGGCAAUUAUACACCUGUUUGAACAAUUAUCAUUUUUAUUUGAUACGAGUCGAGGAUUGAAGUUUUAAAAGUAGCAAUUACAGUUUAUCGAAUCUCACAUGAUCAUAAUUUUAAAAUAUCGACGAAUUAAAAAGAAUUUAAAGCAUUCAUCAUAAGAUGGAAUUCCAAAUAAAAUGGGCGAAUAACAACGAGAAAAUGAUAUCGUUAAAUAUCUCUGUGAUCUGUUUAAAAAAAAAUCUCUUCGAAGCAGGUGAAAUUAAAAGUUAGAAAAAUUUUCGUAACAAAGAUCAGCAGGAUCUGAUAAAAUUUUUUUUUUUCUUUAUUUUAACCCAUGAUGAAUGAAAUCAUUUACAAUAAUUACGUAUCACCAUCAUCAUUGAUUUCCCCGAAAAUUUGUUUUGAUAAAAAGAAAUCUUUAGAAAGAAUGAAACAAAGCCUCAUGAGCUUUAUAUUUAGUAUAUUAUAUUUAAUAUUUACAAAUGGCCCGUGUAAUAAUUGAAUUGAUUGUUUUAAAUCAGUUACUCAAAAGAAUCUCAAAAGAAUGCCAAUGGAAAUUUUAAUAGGAAAAGUAUUUUUCAAUUUAAUUUAUUCAAGGCACACAUUUUCUGUUUAGAAAAUUUAGGGUUAGUGUCUUUUUUAUUUUAAUGUUACUUUAUAAUGUCGAACUCUUUAAUUUUUCAAUUUUACGAAACUGCAAUUAUUAAGUUUGACAUUUUCUUGUAUAUGAUAAUUAUUAUUGAUGUUUUAAUUUGUUUUUAACAGUUUUUUUUUCUUGAUAAGAAAUCAAAGGGAAAAUAAAAUGAAACAGAGAAUGAAAAAAUAGAGAAAUAUCUUUUAGAAAAAUGAAAAAAAAUGUAUGAUCUCAAUUCAAAUUAUAAAAAAAAAUAAUGUGAAAUGUCAAAAAUUUACACAAUUUGAAAAAAUUUUUAUUAUUUUAAAAAAGCAAGUUAACUUUAAUUAAAAGAAAAUGUUAGAACUUUAACUUUUUAAUUAAAUUUUUUUUUUUGAAAAGUGAAUCUUUUUCAAUAAAUUUCUUUUUUUUUUAAUGUGAAAGUAUCUCCUCGUUAAAGCAAUAAGUAAAGUCAGGAUUUGUUUUUUGUAUCUUUUGAUUGUUGUAAAUCGAAUAUUAUAUAGCUGAAUUUUAUUUUUUUUUCUUUGCGAAAAAUCGAUAAAAAAAAUGAUAUUAUCGUUCGUCCCUGAAUUAUUAUACGUAAUUUAUAUGGUCCCCAUGUUCAAGUAUUAAGUUUAGCGUAUGCAUCCAAGUACAAAACUACUUUAGUAAGCUUUUACAAUUAUUUUUGAUGCUACAUCGUUUUAUUAUUCACGUCAUUUUGCUUUUCAAAUUUUCAUGUAAUAUCUAUUUUCGAGUAUUUUUAUCGAAAAUUUUUCAUUUUCAUCAAAUUUAUUAAUUUUCAAAAUGAAAUGUAUGAAUACGAAUACAUCUGAUUUUUUUCUAUUCAAUUAUACAAAAAUUGAGAAAUUAAUAUCACACUUUUUUUUAGUUUUAAUUUUGUUAAUUGAUCCUUUUAAUGAUUUUACUACAAAAUGUAAUUCAAAUUUUUACUGGCUUUUUUUAAAAAUAAUAAUAAUUGUAAGAUGAAAUUUUUAUGGCAUAAAAUUAAUAUUUUUUUAGAAAAUGAAAACUUUGUUUAAAAUCUUGUCUUGCAAUUUUUGAUGUGAAUUUUUCAAAAAUAAAAAAAAUCAGAAGUAUUUUUAUUUCUAUAAGAGUUUGUGAUAAUCGAAGGAAAGUAAAAAAAAAAACAAAGAAAAAUUUAAAAUAUAUUUAGACAGGAAUCAAUGUAAAAAGCAAAAUGAUACGAGAAUCUUAAUUGAUCUCUUUAUAUAUACAUACAUUUAUACGUAUACUUCAUCAACUGUGAUUUGCGAUUUUAUUUUAUUAUUACAAUAUUUCCUAUUAUAUGAAAACGACGAUUAUUAUAUUGAUUAUUUUGUAUUGAGCUAAUUAUUAUAAUUUUCUUUUUCUUUAAUUUUUACAAAUUGUGUGAACUGUCAAACCUUGGAAAUACUAUAGAAAAAUUUUUUUGAAAAUAAAGGGGCAUUGUUAAAGUUAAAAACACAUUGUAGCAAAGUAUUUUUACGUACAUUUGCAGUCCAGUUUUGACUAAAUUAAUUUAAGUGUGA